CAUCAGGACAAUCCACUUGGAAACAAACACAUGUAAGACAGGAGCCAUACUCAUGUAGGGAGUGUGGCAAAGGCUUUAGCCAAUCAGUUCACUUGGCCACUCACAUGCGGACGCAUACAGGAGAGAGGCCGUAUUCAUGUAGGGAGUGUGGCAAGAGCUUCACUGACUCAUCAAGCCUGGCUAAACACAAGCGGACGCAUACAGGAGAGAGGCCGUAUUCAUGUAGGGAGUGUGGCAAGAGCUUCACUGUCUCAUCAAGCCUGGCCACUCACAUGCGGACGCAUACAGGAGAGAGGCCGUAUUCAUGUAGGGAGUGUGGCAAGAGCUUCACUGUCUCAUCAAGCCUGGCCACUCACAUGCGGACGCAUACAGGAGAGAGGCCAUAUUCAUGUAGGGAGUGUGACAAGAGCUUUAGCCAAUCAGUUCACCUGGCCACUCACAUGCGGACGCAUACAGGAGAGAGGCCGUAUUCAUGUAGGGAGUGUGGCAAGAGCUUUAGCCAAUCAGUUCACCUGGCCACUCACAUGCGGACGCAUACAGGAGAGAGGCCGUAUUCAUGUAGGGAGUGUGGCAAGAGCUUCACUGACUCAUCAAGCCUGGCCACUCACAUGCGGACGCAUACAGGAGAGAGGCCGUAUUCAUGUAGGGAGUGUGGCAAGAGCUUUAGCAGAUCAGUUAACCUGGCCACUCACAUGCGGACGCAUACAGGAGAGAGGCCGUAUUCAUGUAGAGAGUGUGGCAAGAGCUUCACUGUCUCAUCAAGCCUGGCUAAACACAUGCCGACGCAUACAGGAAAGAGGCCAUAUUCAUGUAGGGAGUGUGGCAAAGGCUUUAGCCAAUCAGUUCACUUGGCCACUCACAUGCGGACGCAUACAGGAGAGAGGCCGUAUUCAUGUAGGGAGUGUGGCAAGAGCUUCACUGUCUCAUCAAGCCUGGCCACUCACAUGCGGACGCAUACAGGAGAGAGGCUGUAUUCAUGUAGGGAGUGUGGCAAGAGCUUUAGCCAAUCAGUUCACCUGGCCACUCACAAGCGGACGCAUACAGGAGAGAGGCCGUAUUCAUGUAGGACUGUGGGAAAAGUUUCACUGUCUCAUCCAAGUAGUGCCCAGUAUUCAUCAAGCUUGACAUAUUGACCAACUGUCAAAUAGUACUACUAAAUAUAUAAAUAUAAAUUAUGAAGUAUUUUUGAAAUGAGUAAUCUAACACAUCUUCAGUAAAGAAUAUAUCAAAGCCAUAGAUUUUGAGUCAUAAAAUAAAGUUUAAUUUAUUAAAAAACUAAUUGACAUUAAGAAACCAUAGGAUUACAACAGGGCAUUGAUUAAAACUGUCAAAUAUUGAAGAAUUAUCCCAUGAAAGUUGUUGGCACCUACUAAAGCCAAAACCCAUUGUCUUUGGAAUUUAUGUUACCACUGCUUGUUUUUGCUAUUGUUUGCUCUGUGAAAAAAAAAA